UAGCCAAUACGCACGCUCGCAUUAAAACCACGUGACCCGAAAACAUGGCUACACAGCGUAGAGAAGCCGAGUGACAACAAUGCAGUUAUUUAGUUCUAUAAAUUAACUUCAUUGCCAGGACUUGGUUGGUAUUUUAUAUCCGUCUUCACGAUAAUGAAGCUGCGGGUCCAGCUGCAGUGUAAGAAUCUGCAUGAGUACCUGAGGGAGCUGAGCCCUGAGAUCCUGGACAGACUGUACAACCACCCGGCUACAUGCCUGGCUGUGUACAGGGAACUCCCCUCUCUGGCCAAGAAUUAUGUGAUGCGUAUGCUGUUCCUGGAUCAGCCCCUUCCACAGGCAGCUCUGGCAUUGUGGGUGAAAGUAGACAGUCAGAAGGAUCACGAUGAGUGUGUGUCGGUGCUGGCAGGACUCCGCCUGUGGCACAGUCAGCAGCUGCAGGGGGGUCUGCAGGGUUAUAUUUUAAAUCCAGUCUUCAAAGACAACCUGAGGAUCGCUCUGCUGGGCGGUGGCAAAGCAUGGGCGGAUGAGGGCAGCUCUCUGGGUCCUGACCGCCACGCUCGGGACAUCGACAGUCUGGACCGCUACGCCAUGGAGCGCUGGGAGGUCAUCCUGCAGUUCAUGGUGGGCUCCCCCUGUGCUGCCGUCAGCCAGGACCUCGCCCUGCUGCUCGUCCAGGCCGGCCUCAUGAAGAGUGAGGCAGGCGAGGCACCCUACAUCACCUCUGCUGGGUUCCAGUUCCUCCUGCUGGACACAGCCUCCCAGCUGUGGUACUUCACCCUGCAGUACCUGAAUACAGCUCAGUCCCGAGGAAUGGACCUGGUGGAGAUCCUGUCCUUCCUGUUCCAGCUCAGUUUCUCCACUCUGGGCAGAGAUUACUCGGUGGAGGGCAUGAGCGACUCGCUGCUCACCUUCCUGCAGCACCUGCGGGAGUUUGGAUUGGUGUUCCAGAGGAAGAGGAAGUCGCGGCGGUACUACCCUACUAGACUGGCCAUCACUCUGGCUGCAGGAGUCACCACCACCGCCUCCCAGUCCUCCUCCACCCUUGCCACCCCUGGGACUGGAGACGCAGGUUUCAUCGUCGUAGAAACAAAUUACCGUAUCUAUGCCUACACAGACUCAGAGCUCCAGAUCGCUCUCGUGGCUCUCUUCAGUGAGAUGCUCUAUCGCUUCCCAAACGUCGUGGUUGCCCAGGUAACAAGGGAGUCAGUGCAGCAGGCCAUCGCCAAUGGCAUCACAGCACAACAGAUUAUUCACUUCCUACGGACCAGAGCACACCCUGUCAUGCUCAAACAGACACCAGUGCUGCCCCCCACCAUCACAGAUCAGAUCCGACUGUGGGAGCUGGAGAGAGACCGCCUGACUUUCACAGAGGGAGUGCUCUACAACCAGUUCCUUUCACAGACUGACUUUGAGGUGCUGCGGGACAGAGCUCAGGGUUUGGGCUGCCUGGUGUGGCAGGAUGUGGCUCACAGGGUGCUGGUGGUGAGUCCACAAGGACACAGCGAGGUCAAAAGGUUCUGGAAGCGACAGAAGUCCAACACGUAGCAGCAGGAAGUCAUGAUUAUGACGUCAGGAAUCACAACAUUACAUUCCUGGCACAGCUGGAGGAGAGUAGAGAUGAUGUUCUUAUUUUGUAUGUUUCAUAAAAUAUUGACUUCCAUGUAGUUUGGAUUAAAUGGUCAUAUGAAAAAUC